AUGGCGGGGAUGGCGCAGAGCGCGGUGGACUCUCUGCUGGGGAGGCUGAGCGCGCUGCAGGUGGACGAGGCGCAGCUGCUGCGCGGCGUCCGCGGCGACGUGCGGUUCAUCAGGGACGGGAUGGAGAGCAUGAACAGCCUUCUCGCCCACCUCACCGAGGCGGAGCACCGCGCCCACCACGUCCGCACGUGGAUGAAGCAGGUGGUGGGCCUCGCCCGCGACAGCGAGGCCUACGUGGAGCUCUUCGCCCGCCAGGUCGGCGGCGGCCCCCGCGCUGGCGAGGGCCUCCUGGGCUCCCUGCGGAGGAUGCUCCAGUUCCUGAGGACCAUCCCUGUCCGGCACCGCGUGGCGACCCGGAUCCGGGAGCUCAAGGACCGGGUGCGUGAGGUGGGCAAGAGGCGACAGAGGUACGGCGUCACCGUGCCUUCUGUCCCCACCGAGCAAGGCCCAGCCGGUGGCGCGUUGACACUCAUCGAUGACGUGGAGAAGCUGCAGACAACCACACCUUUAGUAUAUCCACGAGUAUCCAAACAACCCCUAGAGGUUGUAGCCAAGCACCAUUUCGAGAUGCUCGUCGCUCGAGGGUUCAUUCGUCCUGUUGAUAUCAGUGAUGCAUGCAACAUCAAGACAUGCACGUUACAUCAUGAAGCUUCCGAGUUCAUCGCCAGGAUUGCCAUAGAUGUCAACUUUGUGGACACAGAUCUGCCACAAGGUUUUGCACAACACCUUUCCAUUCAUAACAGAAUACCACUGCAAGCAUGUCAUCCUCCUAGGGAAGUUGCCAAUGACAUAGUAGCAUCUCUUCCAUAUUUGGCCAAGUCAUCUCAGUGGAAGCUCUUGAAGGUGAUGGAUCUAGAGGGUUGCAGAGGGUUGAAGAAGAAACAUCUUAAGAUUAUUUGUAAGAUAAUACUACUCAGAUAUUUCAGCCUCAGGAAUACAGAUGUCACUGAACUUCCAAAGCAAAUAGAGAUGCUAACAUGCUUGGAGACAUUGGACAUCCGGCAAACGGCAGUAAGGGCGUUCGCCACAAAGUCUAUUAUGCUUCCAAUGCUAAAGCAUAUGCUUGCUGGGGAGAGUCAGACAUGCCCUCCUCCUUCGAACCACAAUCCUGAGAGGUUUCAAGAGUCAUUUGUGGGGGUGCGCCUUCCCAAUGGCGUCCAAAGAAUGGGAAAGCUGGAGAUGUUGUCUCAUGUUGAUGUUUCCCAUAGUGUUGAUGAUAUGAUCAGCAUCGGACAACUGCUGCAACUAAGGAAACUAGGUGUGAUCCUCGAUAGGAAGAAGAGAGAUGGCUUGUUGGAUCUUUUGUUCCAACAGAUUGAGAAGUUGCAUGGUUGCCUCCGUUCCUUGUCAAUCCAGGUCAACCAUCCGGUUACAAGUGACGGUGUUAUUAUUCAUGAUGAUGCAGACGAGGUGCAUGCAUUGGGCUCGCCUCCGAAACUCCUUCGGAGCCUAAACAUCAGAGGCAUAAGAAAUGGGCUCCUUGGCUGGAUCGCAGAGCUCGAUAAGCUCGUCAAGUUAACACUGAGCGAAACUUACCUUGGGGAAGAUGCUCUAGGCAUCAUUGGCAAUCUUGGAGUUCUAGCUUGUCUCAGGCUUCUGCACAAGUCGUACAACGGAAGCAAGCUCCACAUCAAGAAAGGAGAGUUCAUCAGUCUCAAGUCUUUGAUCGUCCGAGGCAACGACAUCACCAGCAUUCACUUUGAAGGAGGUGCAUCACCUAAGCUCGAGAUGUUUGUGUGGUCUUUUGCCAGAAUGGAGGCCAUGGACGGACUCGAUGAGCUUUACCAUUUGAAGAAGGUUGAGCUCUAUGGUGACUGCAACCCACAGCCCCUGCGAGACCAGAUGUGGAGGAGGUUGGAUUUCAAGCACAACGGACAGCAAGUGUUUGUGCAAAGACACUCUGAAGACGUGGUUGCUGUUUGA